AUGAAUCGACGAGAGUCAGGGACAGCCGGCGCAGGUGGAGCCGACGACUUGCAAGUCAACAAAAGCCCCUCUUCUCAGCACUACUUUUUUAGGUUAUUCAUGUUUGUGCCCUUCUCAGCCACCCAUCGUUGGAGAACUGCCAUCAGCAGGUGUGGCAGCGGCGGCGGUCCAGAAUGGCGACGAGUGAGGAGGUGGAGAGGGCCGCUUUCAGCAGACGGCGACUUGCUGCGCAGUGGCGAGGCAGCUCCAGCUGAAGGGGAGCGGAGGGAGAGGACUACUGUGCCACUUUGGAUUGCGUCGACGUUGGGGAUGCACAAGGAUUUGGCAUCGCCGAAAGCUGUUUGCGGGUCCAAGCCAUACUGUGGUAGUAAUAAUGCUGCGCUCGGUCAACGAAGCAAUUGCUGUUGCAGCCAGAAUGAUCCUUUGAAGCAAGCAAGCAAGCAGUACUCCGUACUGUGUACGGAGUAUAUCGAGAGGGAGAUAUAUCAGGCCCUCUCGUCAGUAGUGGACCUUCUCGACCUCGCACACCGAUUAUUUUCCCUCACUCCACUUUCGUCCUCCUCUCUUCCGCGGCUUCGGCACGUCGCCCUCCGACCUCAUUCCCCCCCAUGUUGGCUUGGUGAUGCCGUGCACCGCUCCUCUCCGUUCCACCACAUUACGGGCCAUCAGAUGGGUCCUUCACGCGUCCAGGGUCGUCUGCACAAGCGCGGAACCUCCGCUCCCACCAUGAUUGCGAGCCCGACCGCCCUCAACCCUCUCCCAGACUCAGAGGCCUUUCUCUUCAAGCGCUCCCCGACCCCGAGCACCACCCAUGAGGAGCCCUGGAAUGCGCCUGCCCGGCCCCAGCCCAUCCACGCCUCGUCCUCGUCCCACCACUCCAACAAGACCAAACUCUACCUGCGCAAACUUUCAUCUGGCAGAGACGCCCAUUCGCUCGACCUCUCCAGACCGGCCGCUGAGAAUGAGGGCCUGGCGGGCCUGGGUAUCACCGAUUAUUCGCCCUCUGUGACCUCCCGCGCUCGUCACACCCGCUCCACCUCCACCAACUCGCACUUCUCAACCUCGUCCUCUCUCCGCCCCACGGCCCCGUAUAUGCCUCCCAUCCUUCCCACCCCGUCAUCCUACACGCCGCCUCACACCCGCUCCACCCCUCCAUCGGUCCUGGGUCACGAGUCCGACGUCGAUGCUAUCAUGGCCGACGACGAGCUCCGCCUCUGGCAAAACACCAAGCGGAGGUCCGCCUCCAUUGCCUCUUCGGCGCCGGCCGUCGCCCCACCGCUCAGGAUUUACACGCCCAGCUCCUCUGCACGAAACGGCGAAAGCUUCUCGCACUCCUCCGCCUCCUUGGUCUCUCCCAUUGCUCAAGCACGCUCCCGCGGCGACACCCUGAAGUCCAUCGACACGGCCACCUCCCCCAGUUCGCGCACCUCGUUCGACAAGGCCUUCACCUUCAUUCGAGGCGGUGGGCGCGACUCCCCCGUUGACCCUGCUGCCCGUGCCGCCUCCAUUCGCGCCGCUCGUAUAGCGUUCCAGCAGAAGGAGGAGGCCAAGGAGCGGAAACACGACAAAGAAGCCUCCAAGCUCGCAGAACGGCAGAACCAGAAGCUAUACAAGAAGGAGGAGCGGCAGAGACGCAAGUCGGAACACAUGGACAGGCCACAUUAUCCCGCGAGCGCUGCUGAUUCCUACAAUGAGAAGUCGACUCCAAGACCCUCCAUUGGCGGUAGGCAGUAUUCCGAUGCUUACCAUCCUCACGCGGAAACGACGCUGCCGGUCUUCGUGCCCACGGUGAGAGAUAGCGAGAAACGUGGUAUGCGCCAUCCCAAGGUGACGGGCGCCCGCGCUGCGAAGAGUCGCUGGAUCCGGUUCGUUACCUGGUUCAAGACGAGGAUCCUGAGGAUAUCCAAUCGCGUGCACGUUCGUUCCUAA